GUGAACGCACCCUUAAAGUCAAUGCGAGUUAAUAAUGGUCCCUUUUAUUUAAAUGUUUCUCUAUGUAUAUAUUUAACAACAAGAUGAAUCAUACACUUAACCAGAACAUAUUCAAUAUCCAGUGCCUGACCAAUUUUUACAAGGCUAUUAUUUAAUCGUGUUUGUUAAGGAAGUAGGAAGAGACACAUUUGAAAGGAUUUGUAGUUCGCGUUUACUAGAAGAGUUACGACAGUUGCCAUUUAUGUCACAUCCGCCUGGACAUUUUCCCGGAAGUAAACCAAAAUAAAACAUCUGGAAAGGAUGUCUUUGCCCUCCUCUUUCGGUUCGCAGGUGUCCGCCAUCAUGGAUAUGUUGGCGAAGGCUGCAGUCACAGAAAUAACGAAGCUGGUGGAGGAGGGGGGUGUUGUGUUGAGGCUGGAGAUGUGUCGGAGGGACAGUGAGAUCCAGGAGCUCAAGAGAACUUUAAAGCUGAUGGAGGUGGAGCUCUGCAAAGCCCAAGAAGCAGUCAACAUCCGGGCAAUAAUGGAAGAGAAACAGAAGCAAACAGCAGCCGGGAAUCAGGUCCUUAGAACAGUUUCAGACCAACAAGAACAUCAGGAAGCAUGUGGCGUGUAUCUGAACCCACGGUCUGCUCAUUCUCUGUGCCAGCCGGGACACGUAACAGAGGAGAUCCACGACAUGAAGCCAGCGGUGAAACACGAGCCUGCAGAAGAACCCUUCACCCAGGAAGCAGAACACAUUGUAACAGCAGACAUUUGCUUUGAGGCGCGAGAGCCAGAUGACAUGAUGUGGCCUCCUCCUGCUUGCAGCAUGUUUGAUAAAAGCUCCGUUGCAAUGCAGCAGAACAUGCAGAUUUCCCCCCCUGACACUGAGCAAUAUGCUGCUCACAGAAACACAGAAAGCUCCUAUAACUCUUCAGCUUCUGCAGCACAGGAAAUCGCAGGUGGUUCUUUAAAUGUGCCGAUAAAAUUAGAGGUAGAGACUCGACCUAUGUGCAUGGGAAGUACGGCUGUUCACAAUGAGCAGUUCAGACAUCCUGCAGUCAGUCAGGAUCCGUGUUUGGAGUCUGCUUCUCAACAUGCCGGGCCGUCACUAGCUCCGCCUCAUGCACAGAGGUCACACCCAGCAGAUACAUUAGGAUCCAACACAGACUGGCACAUCCUCAAUGUGAACAACCAAAGGGCAAAAAGGCUCAUGAAUGUUUGGAGGACGAAUCAGAAACUGUUCAUCUGCUCGGUGUGCAACAGGGGUUUCCCUCGCAAGUCUCAGCUAGAGGUGCACAUGGCCUCCCACCAGACGUUUAAACCCUACCGGUGCCUCGAAUGCGGGAAAUCUUUCACCCAGAAGACCCGGCUGAAGACGCACCAAAGCGUGCACACGGGGGAGAGGCCGUUCAGCUGUAAGAUCUGCGGCAAGAUGUUUUCGAGGCAGGACAACUGCAUGAGACACGAGCGGUUCCACAGCGGGCUGCGGCCCUACAGCUGCGGACAGUGUGGGAAGAGCUUCACGGUGCUAGGCAACCUCAAAAUACAUCAAGAGAUCCACCUGCAAGGAAGAUAGCGAUCAGAAGACAAUUUACAUCUUGUACUUUUGACAGUUUUAAUGCAUUUUAUACAAACAUAAAAUGUAAAUGUUGCAUUUCAGGGUGGUCAUUGGUGAGGAACAUUAUAAUUAUACAAUGUACUGCAUAUGUUUAGGUGCAGACUCAUGAUGUUGCCCAACCUAACCUAAACACACUUUUUGUAGUUAUGAAAUUCAUUAAAGCCCAAACUCCAUCUGUUUCAUAGUAGAAGGAGAGUGGGUGAGUGCCUAUGCAUUAACCAUUUGUGUUUUAAAUUAACGUAAAUUAAAUUCAUUUUGAGAGAU